AUGCCCGUCGAUAUGUCUAUGGUCCCCUACAAUAGGGGCAACUCCGAUGUUGUUUUGCGGCACAAUGACUCGGUGGUAGUCUUUGACCGUGAUUCUCAGCAGCUCGUUCUCCGCAAUACGUCAGAUGAAGACAUUGACAAUCUGGAGCUAGCCAACUGCCCAUUCUGCCGUCGUUCAAUGCGCGAUAAUAAUAGAGAACGACAUUGUGGGGAUACUGAACCCGAAGGCGAAUUCAUUAACCCAAACUACUUUCGCAUGCUCAACAAUAGCCUCCCCAGCUCCGCAACAUCCUCAAGGCCUCCUUCUCCAAGCCAUCCAAGCCACCGCCUUGUUCAGCCUGCCCUACCUCGUGGACCUACCAAUGACAGGCCCGUCCAACCUGCCUCAUCCCAACAGCCAUCGCCGCAGGGAAUCUCCUCUGCAGCAUUCAGCCCAGAUUACUUCAAGAGGUUCUUUGUGGAGGAACGAGUUUUGGGCAAAGGUGGAAAAGGGGUCGUACUACUAGUGAAACAUGUCCUAGAUAGUGUGUCCCUUGGUCAUUAUGCAUGCAAGCGUGUCCCCGUCGGCGAUGAUCAUGAGUGGCUGGAAAAGGUUCUGGGCGAAGUGCAGCUGUUACAGCAUCUCUCGCACCAGAAUCUUGUCUCCUACCGUCAUGUCUGGCUGGAAAAUGCGAAGAUAAGCACAUUCGGUCCGAGUGUGCCUUGUGCAUUUAUUCUACAGCAAUAUUGCAAUGCCGGUGAUUUACAUGAUUACAUCUGUGGCUCUGUUCAAACCCAGACCACUGCGCAGCAAUUGAAGGACCGCCUCCGCCGUAAAUCUAAGGGUGAACCAGAACCUCGAACCCAACUGGGAGGAGCUCGCACGCUGCAGUUGGAUGAAAUUUAUUCUUUCUUCCGUGAUAUCACCUCUGGACUCCGGUAUCUCCACGCCAAUGGAUAUAUCCAUCGUGAUCUGAAGCCACACAACUGCCUGCUCCACGAGACAGGUGAUGGUAUUAGAGUUUUGGUCAGCGAUUUCGGUGAGGUGCAAUCUCAAAAUGCAAUGCGCAAGUCGACUGGUGCAACAGGUACUCUUUCAUAUUGCGCACCCGAAGUUCUUCGCCAGCAAUAUACCGACGGACCAUUCGGUAAUUUUACGUUCAAGUCCGAUAUUUUCUCACUCGGAAUGAUCCUUUACUUUCUUUGUUUCGCAGCCCUUCCAUAUGCGAAUGCGGACAUUAUAAAUGAAGAAAAAGAAGACUUGGAUCAACUCCGUGCAGAGAUCACCAGCUGGGCUGGAUUUGAUCACGCACGAGCUAUCCGCUCUGAUCUCCCGGACAAGCUCUAUAAGUUCCUAGAGCGCCUGCUCUCGGUUGAUUCCAGCCGGCGGCCCUCAGCUGAUGAGGUGUUAAACGGCAUCCAAGUCGGUGCCAAUUCAAAUGAACACUUCCGCUUUAGGAAAGCUAGUUCGGGCAGCUCGGGAAGCUCCGACCUGCCUGGGGCUCGAAUCCGCCCAUUAGAUAGCCAACAACCAUCAGUAGAGCGAGCACUCUCUCCCACCAAAUCUCUGCACCGAAACCCAGCAUCUUUCCGGCGUGACUCGGUACAUGACUCCAGUCAUUUUCGAGGCAAUAAGGCGCCUGUGUCUGACACCCACCCAGAGGGCCCUUCUGUUAGUCCAGAUCAAGAAUUGAUCGUCCGGCGUCGCUACUCUACUUCCCCUCCGUCAUCUCCAGCCCAACCUCCUCAUGAAUCAUCAUCGCCCGUCGACCCACAGCCUCAUCCUAAACCAAUCCCUCAAGGUCAUCUUCUCCCACCCCCACCGAGCCGCUUCCCCAUCCUUAAUUCCUUGGCAUCUUUGAGCCCAUUCCCAUCCUCGUCUGUCCUACAGCUCAGUCUCUUCCUCGUCAAGAUCACAUCUCUUCUUCAUCCAUGUUCACCGCUGGCCGUCAACCCCUGGAUCCUCUACCCUCUUCUACUCUCUGCAGCAUUUACUCUAACAUCUCGCAGCAUUCAAACCCAGACUCUUUCCGUAUUUCUACACCUUCUGGUCGUCGGGCUGGGUUUCCGUCUAGGUGCCCUGUGUAUCUGGCGCAGAAACUCAGAGAUGAACUUGUGA